GGGGUUCAGUAACUCUUGGUGUUCCCUGACCAAAUUAGGAAACUGCUGUUCCUCACUCACUCACCCUCUUGCUGAUAUGAUUUCUGUCUCACCUCAGGUUCCUAGAGGUGGGCACCAGCCAGCGGCUAGAAACAGGGUGAAGCAGAAGGCAGACAACGCCUUCAGAGCCCCAACCUGGCAUUACUGAACAGUGGCUGCUGAGCCAAGGGUGACCAGGUUCCUGAACUCUGUGGCCUAGGCUUGGAGGGAAUCAAAGAUGUUCUCAGUUGUGAAAGAGGAGAAUUUGGACAGCAGGACAAAAAAGGAGGACAGCCCCCUGGAGCAGAUAACUUUGCCACUGGAGGCCACAUCAAACCCUGGGGGCUUUUCAAAGUCUCUCCAUCUGCUCAGUCACUGGGAGGUAGAUAGCCCCAGGAAGGAGCCCAGUCAGCCUUGGGGGCCAGACCAGGAGCGGAUAAAGCUAAAAAGAGACAUCAGGGAAGAGAAGGUGUUUGACCUGCUGAAGCCAAUUGAACCUGUACAGAAGCUGCUUCCUCAGGUGGAUGAGGAGGCCCUGCAGGAAGCCGUGAAGGGAGAAUGCUGGUGGAAGGCGUGGGUGAAGAAGCCAGUCACCUCUGAGGAUGUGGCAGUGAAUUUCAACCAGGAAGAGUGGGAAUGUCUAGAUGCCAGUCAGAGGGUCCUCUACCAGGACGUUAUGUCAGAGACCUUCAGAAACCUGAUGUCUGUGGUCAGAAUCUUUCUGUCUAAUCCAGACCUGAUCGCCAAGUUUGAACAAGAAGAGAAACAGUGGAGAGCAGAUCUCCGUCCCCCAAAUGGAGAAGGCCUUCAUUCAGGAGGCAAGAGAGAGGAACUUCAAGAACAGAGUCAGAGUUUGGGAGAUGAGGGAAAUAGCGAUGACAAGAAGGUCUCCCUUGCUCGCAGAAGGGCAGGCCCAUCCUCUGCUCCAGCUGGGUCCCUGGACAGGACACCAGUGUUCCCAGCAUCCUGGGCUGGGCCACCCUUUACCUGCCAUACCUGUGGCAAGUGCUUCAGCAAGCGCUCCAGCCUCUACAACCACCAGUUUGUUCACAGCUGCGGCCAGUGCGGGAAGUCCUUCCUGAACCCCAAGGACCUCAGCUACCACCGGCGCAAGCACCUUGGGGAGAGGCCCUUCUGCUGCUCGCUCUGUGACAAGACCUACUGUGAUGCUUCUGGACUGAGCCGUCACCGCCGUGUCCAUCUGGGUUACCGGCCCCAUUCGUGUCCCUUCUGUGGGAAGCGCUUUCGGGACCAGUCUGAGCUUAAACGCCACCAGAAGAUACACCAAGGCCAGGAGCUGGGGGCUGGAAACCAGAAGCAUAUCGUGAAGAUUCCAGACAACACAGGUGGAUUCCAGGGGCUGGCAACUGCAAACAGUGCACCAGUGGCUGGGACCCAAGGACCCUCAUUUAAAACCACCGGUCCCGAGGCUCAGACCCAGCCAUCUAUAGACAGGAGCCCAGCACCUGCAACCAAGAACCAGGUAGUCACUGGGAAGGCUCAGCGCCCAGUCGUUACAACCCCAGAGCCUGUGACCAGGACCCAGGCAGCCAACACGAGAGCCGCCUGCCUGGAUACCAAGUCCAGCUCUCACCCAGGAAAGCCUUCAAGACUCAAGGUCUUCUCUUGCCCUCAUUGUCCCUUGACUUUUAGCAAGAAAAUCUGUCUCUCCAGCCACCAGAAGGCCCACUUCACAGAGCAGUCCAACCGCUGCUUCCACUGCGGCAAGUCCUUCACUUUAUUCUCUGGGCUGGUCAGGCACCAGCAGACUCACUGGAAGCAGAAGCUCUACUGUUGCCCUAUCUGCGACGUCUGCUUUGGGGAGAAAGAGGACCUUUUGGGUCACUGGGGGGGCUACAGGGGCAAGGGGCUCUGCCUGGGCAGUCCCCAUAAAUGCUGGGCGAUCCUGAGUCAGUGGCUUGGCUUCUUUCCCGAUGCCUCCACUGUGGCAGGGGAGGAGAUGGAUCUUUGUCCUGGAUCCAUACCUUCAGGAGAGGGAAGGAAGGGAGGGGAGAAGGCAGCAGAGGAAAGAAAGCAGAUAAGGCAGUGAAGGUGUUGGAGUGUAAAUAAAUGGCCUUUCCACCCGAGGUCUUUCUCUGUUUGGUUUUCCUGAGGGCUAACCUCCAGGGUAAGGAGACGGGUAGAGGAAGAGAGAGGUGAAGGAAUAAUGAAGGAAAUACAGAAAGGAAAAGAGGUGGCACAUGGAAACUUGUAGUAUUAUUAAUUAGCACCCAGCUUGUUUCUUUGUGUCUGAUAGACCAUCAAGUAGUAGUUGUUGAAGAAAACAGUGGACACUCCAAUAGGUAUGAAGAUGGGAGAAAAAGGAUGAGUGGGGGAGAGAAUCUGAGGGACCCAUCUGGACCAGAUGUAGAAAGGAGGCGUUUUAAAGCAGGUGUGUGGCCCAGUUCUCAUCCCUUGCUCCCCUGGCACCUCGGUAGGCUGCCGGGGCAAGAUGGAGCUCUGGCCAGUGUUCUGCGGGUUUCUCACCAUCUCCUGCUUUUGGUUAGGGCUCCCCAUGUCCUCACUCUGCAGGUCACUUGGUGCUGUCUUGGAUGUUUUGGACUUUUCCUGCUCCUUCCCAGCAGGGCUGAGAUCUUGGAAGAAACGACCACCAUUUGCAAAGUUGGUGUGCUAUAAUUUGCAGUGCGGAGGUUCCUGGUCUCCAGUUCAUGGCAGAGACCCUCUUGUCUGUGUUACUCUGCAGCACAGGUGCCCUCUGAUGGAGAGAAGAGCAGCUGCCUGGCUGUAACCAGAGAGGACUUCCAGAUGGAAGAUACACCAAGGAGUAGAAAUAUGUGGGCAGCAUAAAGGAGGAGAGGAAGGAAGGAGCUGGGGAAAGGGAGAGACAAAGUAGAUGACAGAAGAGAAGUUGAUCCUAUUUGGAAUUCAGAGCAUUCCUGCAAGUACAGAUUGGAAUGUCCCCACAGCAAAGAGGCCAGUGAGUGUGCAACUUGAUGGAUGCGACAUCCCCGAGGACCAAUCUUUGGGCCAACCAGGCUCUUCUCCACCCUGCCAAGAUGUGACAUCAUUCAGAAGGGGUUUCCUAGAAGGAGGAGAAAAUAAGUUGAAAAAGCUGUCAACAGUUUCUAUCAUGAAACUGUCACACCAGGGGGAAGAAAGGCCCUGUGGAGUCAUCUAGUCUUGGAGGUGAGGCCCAGGACAGCUGCUGUAGGGAACAAUCGAGAAAGGAGGCCAGCUGGAGUGGGGUUCUUGCUUUGGAGCACGAAGGUGGAGGAGGAAUCCUCCCUCCAGCCAGGCUCACCAGCCCUUCCUUUCCUUUGGGAUUUUGAUCCCUCAAUAGCCCCCUCUUCCCCUUGCUGUUUCCUUGGUUUUUUGUUUUGUUUUGUUUUGUUUUUUUGCUCUCAGCUUAUAAGAAAGAGAAGAAAACUUACUUAGCUCUUCAAGAAAUUGCCCUGAAAACAAAGAGAAAUAGGUGAUGAAUGGAAGAUGACUAACUCCUCCCACAUCCUCCCUGUGGAAUUCAUAGUCACCCCCCCUCCCUUUCCACUAAGGGACCCCACAGAUCUCAGUAAGUGGUUCUCUUCAUGAAUUCUCUGAGGAGCCUGGAGUUGGCCAUGUGGACAGAGCAGGAAGGAAAUUCCAGCUCUGAAUCUUGAGCCCUGGUUCCAUCCACCCUCUUUAUGUUUCCCACUCAGGGCUGGCUUGAUCCCCUGCUGCCCAGUGGUCCUGUUUGCUGCCCCAGCACUGCACCUGCUAGUCUUCUGUGUAGCCAGUUGUAGCAGAUGAUCAAGGCCACCAGGGGUCCAAGAACUGGCACAAUUACAAACAGGGUUAUCUUCCAGCAGGGCACCCUCAGGAAGUGGGGAUCUGAAUCGUUUGCCACAGAACAAACAGGAUUAACAUGUGUUCCCCUUUGUGUCCCACCCACCCCUCUCCAUUUAUUAUUGGGUUUCUUUUGGGUGGUGGAGGGGGGAGGUUCUUAACCUGGGUUCCAAAAUAGUUUGUGGAUAGAGUCCAGGGAGUUCAUGAAUUUGGAUGAGAAAAGCAUUACAUUUUUAUUUGCACUAACUUCAAACUGAAUUUAGCAUUUUCUUACACUAAAAAUGUAACUAACAAACCAGUUACCAGCAGUACCUGUGACUUUAUCACCAAUGGAAACCACAUUCCCCUCAGAGUUGUUGCAGAAAUCUCAGAAUACUGUUUAUCAGUAUUUUGAAAUCACCAAAUUAUUAGACCU